AUGGUGAGAUGUCUGUAUUUAGCCGCCACACGGAUGGAGUACGAUCAGUCCGAUUUUUCCUUAGGUCGUAUGUACUGGGCUAAAGUCGCCACUUAUCCAUGGUGGCCUUGUAUGAUAUAUAAUAGUCCCGAUGGGGAUGGUUAUGCUAAACAUCUGAAAACCACUUCAAAGUACCAUGUUCAGUUUUUCGGACCGACUGCGGAGCGCGCAUGGAUUAAUGAAACUAAUCUCAUCCCAUACGAUUCAAAAUGUAAAUUAGAGUCCCAGCUAGCAAAACUCCGUAAAUCACAGGGCUCCAAGUACGAGUUAAAAGUUCCCAAUUCCCAGAGGAACAAGUGGGAAGAGUCUUGUAGGGAAGCCAAAGCUGCCUGCCAGCUUCCCUUAGAAGAGCGAAUCCGGCUUUUUGAUCGAAUUGUCAAUCCCCCUAAGACUUCUUCAGCUGCACCUGAACUAGAGGGUAAGCUCUUUUCCUUUACUCUACGUUCAGCCAUGUUGUUAAAAAAUGUGGAGAGAAUUCCACUUACGAUUGAAGAGGAGGCUGAGUCGCUUGACACAUUUUUGAAAACAGAGAAAGCUCGUCGUCUGGAGCUAAAUCCUAAUAUUAGCGAAGCUGAACUUGACAGAGUACUUCGCAUUCAAUGGUCUGGCUUUGAUUUUGCCACACAGCGCUCAUAUUUGUCUAAAAAAUUAGCAAUAUUCGGUUUGGAAUCCACGGCAGAUGUGGACGAAGAAAUGAGGGAACGUGCAACUGGACGACGAUCUAGUGCAUCAGGAUCUGUCUCUUCAUCUGCCAGGAAAUCAGUUUCAUCAGCUGGAUCGAAAGCUGAGAGAUCCAGACGGCGGGUAGCCGAAGGUGGAUCGAAAGUGGACGCGGAAAUUCUUCGGUUAAUCGCUUCGCCGGGACCUUAUCGCUUCCAGCCGGUCUGUUUUGUAUGCACAGAGACCUCAAAUGAUCGUUCCGUGCUGCUAAAAUGCAGGGGUUACUGUGGUCGCUACUGGCAUCCCGGUUGCUUGCCAGACUCAACCGCUUCUGACAGGGAGAUUGGAAAUCCAACUAAGUUUACAUGUAACGACUGUCAGAAUAAGAAAUACCUUUGUAAUGUCUGCGGUGCGGCUAAGGAAAGUGAAGCUACGGGUGAGGAGAUGUGUCCUCGGGUCUUCCACGCUGGGGAUCUGUGCACGCCAGCGGGUUCUCGUGAGCUCUCCUUAUCGCACAUCAUUUGUCCGGCUCACCUCAAACCAACCAAAAGGGUCCCUGCUGCGCCUUUUUGCCUCGCGUGUCGCGAUGGUGGAUCUGACAGGGUUAACUGCGAAUUCUGUCCAACCUCCUAUCACCGCACCUGCCUGGGUAAUACACGUUCAGAGCAGAAGAUCAUCAAGCAGAACAUCUUCAAUUGUAACAACUGCAGAUGGGGCGUUCAACCGCGUUAUGCACAAGUGGUGUGGGUCAAGGUGCACAGCUGUCGUUGGUGGCCUUGUGAAAUCAUCCACAGUCGCAAUGCCCCCCUGAACAUUUACAGCCUCAAGCACUCCGACGGCGAGUUUGUCAUCCACUUUAUCGGGUCAAACGAGUAUGGCUGGGUUCACCGGUGCCAAACUCUUCCUUUUGAAUGUGCCCUUGGCUCGUUGUUGGCUGUUGAUGUUUCUAAUGCCAUCGUCCCACUGGAUAAGGCUUUCAAUAGAGCUCUUUGUGAGGCUCCCCAGGUACACCGACUCUACGUAAGCUACCUACUAAAGCGAGGUCUCAGUUUGGUCUCCAUGAUGACGGAGGUACUGACGGAUGAGCAGCUGAUACCCCUUUCUACGCUCGAGGCAGCUGCAGCCGUGGGUAUUCUCUCCCAUUCCGAGACCGAGGCCAAGGCGUUGGAUGAGGCUAUGGUCAAGUUUGAGAGCGUCUCCUCAAAUGUCUAUGCUUCGUCAGAUGAAGAAAUGCUGGCGAAACAUACUCUCCCCACCACACCGUGCGAAUGUGCGCGGAAGCUGGAAGAGGAAGAGGACCAACAGAACUCGAGGCGUGGUGGACACAGGGAGGUUGAAGCAAGGGUACAUUGGCGAUGCUCUGUGGACACUAACUGUCGCAACAUUCUGGGGGGCAUCGAAUGCAGCCCUAAGGUUUGCAGUGUGAUGGCACGCGAUCCAUCAGGUAACUGCGGUAAUCGGAACUUUAGCAACCCUCCUGCAGUCUCUCUCCUCCUCACAACCAAUCGUGGCGUUGGGCUCAAAGUGGUGCAUCCUGUGGCCAAGGGCGCUUUGGUGAUUGAGUACGUGGGCGAGGUGAUCAAUAUUGCGGAGGCGAACCGCCGACUGGCCAAAGGCAUUGCGGCAUGCAACGCAGCGGCGGCCACUGCGCACAACUCGGAGCUGCUGCCCUCCACCCACCUUCUACGCUUCACAUCCGCCCUCGUCAUCGAUGCCAGCCAAGUGGGCAAUGAAGCACGCUUCGUGAACCACUCCUGCGAACCCAAUGCCAUGUCCAGGGUUUACAAUGUCGAUGGCACUCUCCGAUUGGGUUUCUUCGCCACGAGGUAUCUGGAGGAGCAGGAGGAAGUGACGAUAGAUUAUCGAGAAGCUCAACUACUCGAUUGCUACUUCAUGAACGCCAUUAAUGUCUGUGUUUGUGGCUCCGAAGCCUGUGAUGGAUUCGUUAGGCUGCCACACAAGUUCCUCUCCACUGAGAAGAAACGAAAAGGCAGGCUUUCUGCCGCGUUGGCAAUGCCAAAGCCACAAUCGUCAGUGUCGGAGCGUUCGCUGCGUAGCGGCCGGCUUUCAGAGAUGCUGCGAAGGCCGGAGACGAUGGGGCCGCCGCCGCCACCGCAACGAUCGCUGACGGAGCGGUCGAUGCCGCCACCGUCAGAACCUCCGGUACGGAGUUUGGAGCCUAACUUGCCUCCUGGAAGCCGCAGUAGCAGCAGCAACACCAUUCCGCACCAUCUGCUUUCAGCCGCAGCCACAGAAAAACCGGCUCCAGCCACGGUCACACCCGCGACUCCGACCCAUUGCACACCCAAAGUUGUUGUCACUCAACGCUUGACGCAGCCUCUUCACGAGGAGUACUGCUUCCGCUGCGGUGACGGCGGAGAGAUGAUAGUGUGUAACAGAGCCUCAUGCCCCAGAGUGUAUCAUCUUGGCUGCCUAGGUCUGAGCACACCUCCCAGAGGUGAUUGGCACUGCCCUUGGCACUUCUGUGACAUCUGUGGAAAUCCGUCUCUGCAAAUGUGCUGUCGCUGUCCCAAUUCAUAUUGUCUGGAUCACACCUCAACGAAGGACGGUAAAGAGCUCAUUCGCGUACACGAACUGGAUGCAAGCCGGUGGCUCCGCACGUUAAAAGUCCUUGAGAGGUGCUCCUCCGACCCUGUGCAGAUGACCAAGAUGACCGCUGCUCUAAUUUUCCGCUGCCGCUGGGUCUGUCACGUCCACGACCAAGCAAGGCCACGCCUUCCCGGUUCCACUACUACCUUGAAGGGGAGUGGAGUUGCUGAAACCACCGCUACUACUGAGACUGAAGAAUCCUCUGUAAUACAUGAAACUGCUAACGGACGCGUUGGUAGUGACGAUGGAGAGGUUGCUGCUGGUUAUGAUUCCCCUGAUGAUAGUGUUGAUGAAAGUCCUAACGACUUCGCGACUCUGGAUAGGGAGGAAGAUGUUAAUGGUACCCCAGAGGACGAAGAUGUUGAUGACAAACUCGGUAAUGAUGAUGACGGAGAGGACAAUACAAGCACGAUAUACGAAGAUGCGGAGCAAGUGGUGGAAGGUAGUAGUAAACGGGGGUCGGUUUCGCCCUGUGAAGCGGCGGGUGAAUGUUUUGACGCCUCGACGGGGUGGCCACCGGAGCUCGGUGGGAACCCUUCGCCGGGUGGCUGUGGCUGCUACCUCAACGCUCAAUUUGGAUAG